AGCCAGCAGACCUGCUCGAGGCAAACCCACUCCUGACAAGAUCGCUUGCGGGCCUGUCCUGUUGCGCUAGCCCAUGCCUCAGCCUAAACCCUCGUCCGACAGUGCUUCGGGCUCCAGAAGCCGCUCUGCUUGCUAUGCCUGUAGGGCAAGGAAACAGAAGUGCGAUGGCAACAGACCCAUUUGCAGCCGUUGUAGAAGUCUAGCCCAGACCUGUUCAUGGCCGAGAAGUCAGAAGAGGUCAGUGGUUCUGGAAUGGCUGUGAUUUUUAGGGAGCCCGGCUAUAUCGAAGCGCUUGAGAUACGACUGAAAGAGACCGAGCGCGUGCUGUGGCGAAUUCUUGCGGCUUGCCCACAAGAAAGCUUGACAGUGGCCUUCUCUUCCGAAGUCCAAGAUCGAAUACCGCAACUCCUGACCGUCGGGACCUUGAGCACCACCGAGGAGAAGAAGUCCGCUAUCGCGUUUUGGGAGCAAUUUCCUCUGCAUACCAUCGACGACGUGGUUGUGUGGAAGGAGCAAGUCGAGAAUCCGUCUUCAAUGGAGAUGACAAGCUUUGGAGAGAAUCAAGAACAGCAAUCGCACCUGACGAACACUCCGAGCGAAGCACAAGAUCAAGAAUCACUCUCCCCAAUGGACGAAGACACGGCCCAGACAUUCGGAGCGAUGGUGUCAGAUCCUCAAGACCUUGCUGCCACUUCCUCCCGUACGGCUCAGGUGCCCGGUGUACGCCAUCGACGGUCUUCCACCUCUGUAGCUAAUCCAGGCACCGCAGGUGGCAAAUUUUCCUUCUCUAAAGAGUUUCAGGACACUUUCCUUUGGUGA